UUCUCCAUAGCGUCGUAGCGUUCUCCUUGUCUAAUUGUCGCCAUUUCAUAUGUAUCUCCGUUUCAUAUUUAUCUAAUAUGUACAAGCCGAAUCGCCAUUAAAGCGAGACAAAAGAUUGUUUUACUGUGUAUUUUUGACAUUACAAUUAAGGAUCGAAGUUGAAAAUUUCUUGCAAUGUUUACUACUUCAAAUGCCUUACAAAAUGCUGGAGGAACGACACCAACUUUGCAAUAUCAGCAAGCUGACAUGGGCCAGAAGCCCCAAGUUAAAACGAUUGAUAAUACUCAAAUAAAAAUAAGUCAACAUCAACAGCAAGUUCAACAAGAGUUUCCAACAUUCUGUUACACCAAUGUAAAUAUGAUUCAAAAAUUGACACCAGCCUCCCAGGCACACACCAGCACUGUAAAUUUAGCUCAAUUGACUGAUGAUAAUAAAACCUGUUAUAUUGCACAACCGUUCGGUUAUAACUAUGCUUUAGUUAACCAAAUGCAGCUAGCUCAGAAUGGGGUAACUGGAGUUACCAUUGAUGGAAGAAUACCGAAUACAAUAUCUAAUAUAAGUUUUAAAUGUGACGUUUGUGGUUUAAUGUUUGCACAUUUAACUCUUUUGAAUCAUCACAAGAGAAUUCAUAAUCAGGAUCAAGAUUCUGAUGGAAAUAUUACUGUUGUUGCCCAGGCUCAAAAUUUAGUAUCUGCACAGAACUUAGUGCAAGAUGGACAGAGUUUGGGAACAUUACAAGGAGCCAUACAAAUUGUGGCCACAGAAACAUUAGAACCGGCUACAAGCCAAGCGAUGCAACAACAAGAACAACAAUUGGCAAUCACAAAAUCAACUAUGGUUACAAUAGAUAAAAAUCAAAAAUGUAUUACAUGUGGUGGACCAAUCAUAAUUAAUCCAAAACGUAAAGGACCGAAACUGAUUAGAUGUGAAACUUGUAUUAAUAAUGAUAAUGUUUCUCAUGUUAGAGCUGCAACACAAAUUUUUGUUGCCCCUGAUGGUGAUGUUAAAUUUGAAAUGACUGAAAUAACAAAUCAAGGUCAGCAGCAACAGCAACAGCAGCAGCAGCAGCAACAACAGGAUGGUCAAACAAUGGACAAUCUCGGGACACAAAAUGUUAUACCUCUUGGACAAAAACCAUUACCGGGACAUCAUCCUGUUAAGAAAAGGAAUAUUGCUUCAGUUACAAAAUGUCACAAAUGCAAUGGCUCAGGAAUUAUUUUUAUAGGUGGUAAUAAAAAUAAACUGCAAAAUGCGAAUGCUGAGAAACCUUUUCAUUGCAAUAUUUGUGGAGGUUCAUUUUCUAGAUAUUCUAGUUUGUGGUCUCAUAAAAAAUUACAUAGUGGAGAAAAGAAUUUCAAAUGUACAAUUUGCGGAUUGGCUUUUGCUAAAGCAGUUUAUCUUAAGAAUCAUUCAAGAAUUCAUACAGGAGAGAAACCAUAUAGAUGCAAUACAUGCGGUAUGCAGUUUUCACAAUCACCACAUUUGAAAAAUCAUGAGCGUACACAUAGUGGUGAAAAACCAUAUGUUUGCGAGGUUUGUGAUAAAGGAUUUGCAAGACAUGCAACACUCUGGAAUCAUAGGCGAAUUCAUACAGGAGAAAAACCUUAUAAAUGUGAUAUAUGCGGCUCUGCAUUCAGCCAAGCUGCUCACUUGAAAAAUCAUGCAAAGGUUCAUUCUGGAGAGAAACCCUUCAAAUGUGAUAUAUGUUCUGCUGCAUUUGCUGAUAGAUUUGCAUUAAAACGACACAGAGGCAUUCAUGAAAAAUAUGGUCAAACAGCUCCAAGACAACCUGCUCAACCACCACAGAUAGUUAUUUUAAAACAGGAGGAACAAGAUCAGCAGCAACAGCAGCAGCAGCAGCAACAACAACAACAGCAGCAACAACAGCAGCAGCAACAACAACAACAACAGCAGCAGCAGCAACAGCAAGAAGAGGAAAAAAUCCAUGAAGUUGUCAUAACAAUGUAGAUUGUUUAAAACUUCUCCAGGAAUUUCCUUGUUUGACAAUAUCACAUUUCAGGCUUGUAUGACUUGAAUAAUAAGCAAUUUAUAGACUGGAUUAACUAAUUUUAUAUUAUUAUAUAAUUUAGUUAUGUUAAGUUAAAUAGUUGAAUGACUAUUAGAACACAAA